AUGACGAUGAUGGCAGCCGUGGGCGGCGCUGGACAGUCGAGGGCGCGGCAGGGCGAAGCAUGUCCUUGUCCUGGUAAGCAGGCGUGGCAAGGAGCAUCGGGUACCACCCAAGGCGUGCAUGUCGACGGGAUGCUUCCCAAGACGGAUCGGCAGACGUCGCGCGGCGGGCGAGCGCUACCCGACUUUCGGAAAGGUGCCGGCCCAAGCUUUCGAGUUCCCUUGAUGGCGCCAGGAGAUCGAUCGCUCCCAAAACCCCUCGCAGGCCCAGGACCGCCUCCGUCGCCCGUCAAGUCGUCACCGGUCCGCGCAUCAGCUGCACGCCAGGGCUGUGGGACCGUCUACUCGCGCCCGCCUCGGCCGGAGCCAUCGAUGCAACACCCGGGGCGCUUCGCCUUGUCUUCACCACCGUCACGUCGAGUGCAUCUUCCGAUCACCUCAUCCUUCCGCCGCGUCGGCAAUGUCCCCAACGGCCUUCACUGCUGA